GGCCCCCGGCGGGGCGGCGCGCGCAGCAGCGUCCCGCAGAAGCUGGCCGAGGCGCUGAGCAGCCAGUACGGGCUGAACGUGUUCGUGGCGGGGCUGCUGUUCCUGCUGGCCUGGGCCGUGCACGCGGCGGGCGUGGGCAAGCGCGACCUGCUGUGCCUGCUCACGGCGCUCAUGCUCCUGCAGCUGCUCUGGAUGCUGUGGUACGUGGGCCGCAGCUACGCGCAGCGCCGCCUCAUCCGGCCCAAGGACGCGCACGCCGGCGCGCGCUGGCUCCGCGGCAGUGUCACCCUGUUUGCAGUCAUUACCAUCAUCCUGGGAUGCUUCAAAGUGGGCUACUUCAUUGGAUUUUCCGAGUGUCUGUCAGCCACGGAAGGAGUGUUCCCUGUCACCCAUGCAGUGCACACUCUCCUGCAGGUGUAUUUUCUGUGGGGCCAUGCGAAGGAUAUUAUCCAGUCUUUUAAAACACUGGAAAGGUUUGGAGUGAUCCACUCAGUGUUCACCAAUUUGCUGCUGUGGGCCAACAGCGUCCUGAACGAAUCAAAGCACCAGCUGAAUGAGCACAAGGAGCGGCUGAUCACGCUGGGCUUCGGGAACGUCACCAUAGAGCUGGAUGACCACUCUCCGCCAUGCAACUGCUCGCCUGAGCACCUGUGCGCAGCCCUGGCGCAAGGCAUGUACUACCUGUACCCCUUCACCAUCGAGUACCAGAUCCUGGCGUCCACCAUGCUCUUCGUGCUCUGGAAGAACAUCGGGCGCAGUGUGGACGGCGCGCGGCCCCGGCAUGCUGGGCUGCGGCUCCACGGCGUCCUGGCGGGCUCCGCGCUGGGCCUGGUCGCGCUGGCUGCCACCCUGGGCGUGGUGGCCGUGUACCUGGUGCACAUCGGGCGCUCCAAGGCCAAGAGCGAGGCGGCGCUGGCCAUGUUCUACCUGUAUGCCAUCGCCCUGCUGCUGCUCAUGGGCGCCGCGGGGCUGCUGGGCGUCCGCAUCUACAGGGUCGAUGAGAAGUCGCUGGAUGAGUCCAAAAACCCUGCGCGCAAGUUGGACACUGACCUCCUGGUGGGCGCGGCUUCCGGCUCCUGGCUCCUGUCCUGGGGCUCUAUACUGGCCAUCGCCUGCGCCGACACCCGGCCGCCCUACACCUGGUACAACCUGCCCUACUCGGUGCUGGCGAUCGCGGAGAAGUAUAUCCAGAACCUGUUCAUCAUCGAAUCAGCGCACCGCGAGCCCGAGGGCCUCCCGGAAGACGUGUGCACCCUGCGCGUGGUCACCGUCUACAACCGGGCCGCCUCCAUGGCCUCCUUGCACUUUGGGGACGCAGGGGUGGCCCGGGACACAGCUCCCCAGGAUCAGCUCGUGCAGCCAGCCGUCAAGGGGAGUCUGGGCCGGCAGCCAGGCCUUGGCAAAGAGGAGCAGGAGGAAGAGGAGAGGCGAGGGAAAGGGGCCUGGAGCUCGGCCCUAGGAGUCCCGUUCUUUCCCGGCAGCGCCAAGAGAAGAGUCCUGAGGAACAUCACGGUGUUUUUGUUCCUCUGCAAUAUUUCGCUGUGGAUCCCUCCCGCCUUUGGCUGCCGUCCGGAGUAUGACAACGGGUUGGAGGAAGUCGUCUUUGGCUUUGAACCCUGGAUAAUUGUGGUCAACCUGGCCAUGCCCUUUUCUAUUUUCUACCGGAUGCAUGCAGCUGCCUCUCUCUUUGAGGUCUAUUGUAAGAUGUAGACCGAGUCCACAGGAGACAGACAAGCUGGCUAACAAGGGAGCUCAUUGGAGCCCCUGGGCAAAUACUGCCGGACAAAGGCGAGACACCUGUUGUCACGGUGACUGUGUCCAAGGGCUGCACAGCGCUGAUGCAGGGAACGAGGCAGCGAAAUCAGCGAUGGGGCUGAAGUCCGUCCUUGCUGUUCAGCUCUUAUCAAACCCAAAUGACUUAACUGCCCUCCAAGUGAGACUGUGUGUUUCAGAAGAAUGUGGUCCAAGGUGGGGCAAAAAUUUCUCCUGUUUGUUUUCCUUACGCAGCCUUUUCCGUUUGCCGUGUAUCCUGUGACAAUCAGUUUUUCUGACUAUCUGCAUACAAUCAGUUAAAUCUUUUCCUUCUCAGAGCUGAUGAGCAGAGACACAAGCACGUUGGGUGUAUAUUUUAGCUUCUGAGUAGGUUUAAUUUGUGAGCAAAGUGACUUUCGCCAGCUGGAUGGAAAUGUACACGUGCCUGAGAUUUGGCACAUGGUUAUUUGUGAUCACUUUGAAAUUUAUUUCUAAAAGUAAAUUUUACUCUGCUUUUUUCAUGAUAAAUCUUUACUAUAGAGAAUCUGGGAUUUCAGAAAAUUAGAAAAAGUCACCCAUGACGCUAUUGUUCGUUAGUGAUUUCUUUUUAACAGCUUCAUGUAUUUCUUUUUCGAGGAUGGCACCUGCCAUUCUCUUCAUUGUUAUACCUGCCAGUCUUGGUCCAAUGUUUUCAAUUCUGUACCCAGUUUUCUUUUUCAUUUAACAAUGUGGCAUAAACUUUUCUCCCAUAUUGCCAUAAGCUCAUUAUAAAUAUGGUUGUAAUGCUACAUUCUAGUCUAUCAUGUGACUGUUUUGUCAUUAACUUGGUUUCUUACUGUUGAUUUUAAAGUGUUUAUAACUUUUUGCUUUUAUAAAUGACUCUGCAAAAAUAAAACCAGA